UUACCCGGAAGUGCACGUCAUCAAACGUGCAAUGUUUAUAAUUUUCCAACAUGGGAUGAGGAAACAGACAAUUCAAAAUAUGAAUUGGCCGUUUUUGAUGACUACUAAAAUGUACAUUGUCAUUUAAGUUUCAGUUUCCUAACAAGCUUACCGCUGUUUCAUUUUCAUUUGAAGUCGAAGAAACUAACUAACUAACGCUAACGAUGGACGACAUCGACUGGGGAUUGGCGCUGGAGGAGGACAUGGCGCGCGAAACCUCCGCCACGGGAAACCCUGAGCAGCAAUACAACCCCUGGUCCAACCAGUCCAACCCCUGGUCCGAGCCUGGCUACACCUCGGAAUCUGUAGGGGAGCUGGACAAGCUGGCCUCGGGAGAUGGACACCAUGUCACUCACAAGAAGAAGCAGGAGGGCCAAGGCGUUCAGACAGACGCCUGGACAGCAGACAAAGAUGUUAACACAGAUCUGGAUUGGGAGUCACUGAUGCGGUCAGUGGAUGAGUACAGCACCCACCUGGCCAUGCAGUAUGAGGAGCUGAUGAAGCACCAGGAGGAGGAUGAGGCUGAUCAUGGCAGCCAAGUAGACAGCCUGGUGCAGAAGAAGGAUGAGGGGGUCCACCAGCAGCAGGCGCUGAUGGACAAAAUUGAGUCCCUGCAUGUGAAGCUUCAGCUGAACUGCUGCAAGACCACCCGCAAGAACUUUGCGGUCAAGAAGCAGGAGCUCAGCGUGGAGAAAAGCAAAAUGGAGGAGGAGAGGAACAGACUGUCUCAGGAGCUGAAGGAGACCACCAGGAAGCUGGCUUUGCUGAUAGAGGAGCAGAACCAGGAAAAGCUUAUGUGGGAGCGGGAGCUAGCAGACUUGAACACUGAGAUGGAGCGGCUACAGAAAGAGUCAGAGGAGGCCACCCAGACAGCUCUACGGGAUGAGAUUGCAGCUCUGGAAAUGCAGAGAGAUGUGACCAUGUCUGAGGUGGACGACUGGCUGAAAGAGGCUGACCAAUAUAUAAACACACUUGGAUUAGACCCCUCCCAACAGCAGAACAUGCACCACAGGCUGGAGUGGGAGAAUAAUGUGGCUGUGGUUCACAGCAGUUUGGCGGGACUGCAGAAUCAGUUCAAGGAGCACCUUCACCUGCUGCAAAAGGGCCAACCGAUGGAAAGCCUCCCUGGAGUCACAUUACCACACUUACCCCAAGUCCCCACGGUGGACUUGGUGAUGAGUCCGAUGAUGUACGCUCCACCCCUCCCCCCCUUUCAACAUUUCCAGAUGGGCCCUCCUAAAGCCAUGGGGAUGACCUUCCCACCCCAGCAGCACCACCAUGCUGCUUUCACAGCCCCAGCCAGAGUAACCCCCCCACCUGCCCCCUCCUCCACUCCCCCUGCCUCCGCUCUAGCCCAGCACCCAGCCGCCCCACCUGUCUCCCAGUCCACCACUACCAUGGCCUACGCCCAGUCCCUGCCCUCCAAUAACCCCCCCGCUGCUGGCAAACUGGACAAUCUGCUGAAGAGACUGGGAGACAGAUUUCCACAGUGCAACAGAACCCAGCUUAUGUCAGUUCUGCAGCAGAUUAAGAAUUCUCGGGGCACCAUGGCUGGCAUGUCUAUUGAUGACGUCACAAAGCAGGUGGCACAGAGACUGGCACAAAAUGAGAAACCGGCUCCAGGGCCUAUCAGGCCUCCCUCUGCAGACAGGGGCAUUCCUGGCCACCCAGGCCCAAUCCAGCGCCCUCCAGGCCCCAUCCAGAGGCCCACACAUCCCCCUCAGAGACCUGCAGUGGCCCAGGUCUUCCAGACCAGGCCCCCACAGCCUGUGGCUGUCAGUAAUCGUAAGCUGUGCUUGAUGUGCCAGAAACACUUGGAAGCAGACAGCCAGCACCCCAUGAGCUGCGCACACACUGUACAUAAGGAUUGCAUCAGUGUCUGGCUGCAGUCGAGCAAGUACAAUGCCUGUCCCUUCUGUCCAGCAAAGUGAAAGGAGUAGCAGAUAAGACCGAACGGAGAACACAACAGAAGACAUGAAGGGAAAGAGGAACACUGAUAACGUUCUGGUCAGCUUCACAGAACUGAAGUGGGAGAUGGUGGAAUAUAACGUACACAGAGCAGUCAUGGUGACGUAUUACUAUUCACCUAUGUGACACAAUAAACAGAAGUCAUUCAUAUUAUUCAUCCCUAUAUCUAUAGUUGACUUUAUGUAAAUAAUUUAGUACAUCUUGUUAAAACAACUGCAGUGACAAUCUGGCACCGACCAGACCUUUAUUUUCUCACUUUUUUUAACAUUCCUGAUUUAACCCAUAGGGAUAUCAUGUUUGUUAUGUAUGCCCUUUUGAACAAGCAGUGUGUUUCUUGUCAAAUAUACCUCUGAUACCCUUUGACAUAAUUAUAUCAACUGUUACAUGUAUGUUAUUUUAUAAGUAUGUUAUUUCUAACUACCAAGCAUUUUCUAUGUUUAUAAUGUUUCUAACUUCCACGAUUCUGUGUAAAAUGUUUUUUUCUAUUUCUAAAAAUACACUAAAGUGUUAUGUUAAUAAGUGCCUUACUAAAAGUCACAUGAAUUAUGACUCAUUGAACUUAACUUGUUUGAAUGAGCAGGAAAUACUUCAGUGGAAGGGAAAUGGCAAUAACUAUUUGGACUUGUUUAAUUAACAUAUGUGAUGAAAGAGAACGAUAAAAUAAAACCAUUACACCAGUA